AUGUCGAACAUGCACCAAGAAGCAUACAGUACGCUCCUCUCUAUAUCUUCCCAAGCCCCAAUUGCUGAUAAGCCAGAACUCCCUUCUCUGAAAGGAUCACUCAAGAGUGACGAUGGCCCAAGCAUCGACAAUGCCUCAAGCUCCAGCGUCCAGAUCAAGGAGGCGUAUAUCCUGCAGGAGCGCCGGAUUGGUCUCUGGGGCGCGAUAUCACUCAUCAUGAAUAAGAUCAUCGGAUCCGGGUCCAGUACCUCUCCCUCCAGGAAUCAGGACAGCAGCUCAUUCGAAACAGAAUCUUCUCUACUCCGACGACUAUUCUUGAACUGUGCGGCAGUCCGGGACUGGCUCUUAUCCUUUGGACUAUUGCGGGUAUCCUAUCAACAUGUGGAGCGAUGGUGA